AUGUCGCUUACUCUGAGAUUUAGAUCAUUUGUUGGCGAAGUUAGCGAUUUACAGAAUGCUGGAGGUAGAAAAGAUUCUGUUGUGUUUCAAGCUAAAGUAUCGACAUUGUUAAAAGAGUUGAAUCAUUUGGAAAAUUUUAUUAACCAGUUGCACCUCUUUAGUGAUAACGAAACUUUAGAGGAGAUAAACCCGGUAUAUAUUCAGUAUCUAAACGUCAAUUAUUUCUUUGCUCGAUUAUAUAACUUGUACUUACUUAACCCAAAGUCAAACAGCAUACCAUCACAGAGCUCUUUGGGGAAACUGGCUGCGAAUGUGGAUCCAGUUGCAUUUAAAUCAUUAAACUUGGAACUAUGUAAGACCCGAUUAAUUAACUUUUUGCUUGCCUUACAGAGCUUUAAAGCACUUUCUGAGGGACAGUCUAAGAGGUUGAAUUCAUUUAAAGAAAUACUUAAUCCAACUUAUGACGAAUUGGUUACUUCUUCUGGAACCAACCCAGCUACUAAGAGAGCAGAAAAGAUUGAAAAUUAUAAGCUAGAGAAGGAAUUGACUAAUAAGUUGCAGCUUUUGGAUGACUACUAUAAGAGUAAACCUGUCGCGGUAAAAAACAAAAAUGACAAUGAGGAGGAUGAUGAUGAUGAUGAUGACUUUGAUCUUGAGGAGGAUGAUGACGAUAUAUUUACUAAGUUUGAUGAAGAAACUUUGAGAGCAAUUUAUCAGGACCAGUUGAAAUUGAACGCUUUAAGUUCCUUCAAUAUGCUUGAACUGACAGUUAUGGAAUUAGAAGUAUUAUCUAAAAGACCUCCUCCAUCAGAAUUAGCUUUAAAUGACCAAAGAAAGAGUUCGUUUGCAAAAGGCCAGUUCGGACCCGAAAACGACUAUGGUUACACGACUAAGCUUGAGAAUGUAUAUAAUCCCAAUGCCAAAGGCAAUGAAAAAGCUUCUCAAUUGGUUUCAAAGCAAGGUAAAAUCUUACAACCUUUCACUAUUACCUCAAAUAGGCAAGAUUUGAACAAAAAGGUACGUGGAACUGGACAAGUAUUGCCUUCCAUGUCAGUGGAGGAAUACUUGGAUUAUGAACUCGCCAAUGGAAAGAUGGUGAAAGAAGAAGCUAAGGAUGUACAAAAGGAUGAAGAUGAAUCUGAUAAUAGUGAUGAAGAGCUUGAAAAGAGAAACUGGGACGACUGGAAAGACGACAAUCCGAAGGGACUGGGCAACACUGGUGGAAACAUUGGUUAA